CACAGUUGUGUUCCGGGGUCGGUCAGUCAGUGUACACAGUGUCAAAAAAAUCAUCAUUGUGUACAUUUUUCUUCUCUUUUUUUACAUAUUUAUCAAACGGAGCGCGGAGAGUGGGGUCUGAGGGUUUCUUUAGAAGGAGAGACGCUUUGAAUACGGCACAGAGAGGACGUCUGUAAAGAUGAACUUCUUCAGAGGAGUGAUCGGCGGGCAGGCAGCCGGGCCGCAGCCGUCCGGAGCGGAGACGAUCCAGAAGCUGUGUGACAGGGUGGCCUCCUCAACGCUCCUAGAAGACCGCAGAGAUGCUGUCCGGGCACUUAAGUCCCUCUCUAAGAAAUAUCGCAUGGAAGUUGGCACACAGGCGAUGGACCACUUGAUUAACAUAUUGCAAACUGACAGGUCUGACUCUGAAAUCCUCGGCUAUGCUUUGGACACACUGUAUAACAUCAUCUGCAAUGAUGAGGAGGAAGAGCAAGACGCAGUAACCCCUCUCCCUGUCUCAGGGAAGCAUAAGAAUGUUUCCGUGCCUGAUGAGAACGCCCAGAAGCAGGCAGAUGACCUGGGUGCCCUGUUUACAGACAAGUUCAUCCAGGACCCUGAGCACGUGACCCUUCUGCUCACUCUGUUGGAGGAGUUUGACUUCCAUGUGCGUUGGCCUGGGGUGAAGCUGUUGACUGCUCUGCUCAAGAACCAGGGUGUCCAGCUCCAGGGCGUCAUUCUGGUCAGCCCCAUGGGUGUUUCCAGAUUGAUGGACCUAUUGGCAGACUCUAGAGAAGUAAUCCGCAAUGAUGGCUUGCUGUUGCUUCAGCAGUUGACUAAAGGAAAUGCUGCCAUUCAGAAAAUAGUGGCCUUUGAGAACGCAUUUGAGCGUCUCCUAGAUAUCAUCACAGAAGAGGGCAGCAGCGACGGAGGUAUUGUGGUGGAGGACUGUUUGCUGCUGCUGCUCAACCUGCUAAAGAACAACAGCUCCAACCAGAACUUCUUCAAGGAGGGCUCCUACAUCCAGAGAAUGAAGCCCUGGUUCGAGGUCGGUGACGACAACUCUGGCUGGUCUGCGCAAAAAGUCACCAACCUCCACCUCAUGCUGCAGCUGGUGCGAGUCAUGGUGUCUCCAGUGAACUCUCCUGGAGCUACAUCCAGCUGUCAAAAGUCCAUGUACCAGUGUGGCCUGCUGCAGCAGUUGUGCACCAUCCUCAUGGCCACUGGUGUGCCUGCUGACAUCCUCACUGAGACCAUCAACACUGUAUCAGAGGUUAUCAGGGGCUCACAGGUCAACCAGGACUACUUUGCUUCUGUCAAUGCUCCUUCAAACCCACCAAGACCGGCCAUCGUGGUCCUGCUCAUGUCCAUGGUGAAUGAGAGACAACCAUUUGUGCUUCGCUGUGCUGUCCUCUACUGUUUCCAGUGUUUCCUCUACAAAAACCAGAAAGGCCAGGGGGAGAUAGUGGCGACGCUGCUGCCCUCCACCAUCGAUGCCAACUCCAUCUCAGCGGGCCAGCUGCUGUGCGGAGGCCUGUUCUCUGCAGACUCUCUGUCCAACUGGUGUGCGGCUGUGGCCUUGGCGCACGCCCUGCAGGACAACCUCACCCAGAAGGAGCAGCUGCUGAGGGUUCAACUCGCCACCAGCCUGGGCAAACCCCCCGUCUCUCUGCUGCAGCAGUGCACCAACAUCCUCUCCCAGGGAGAUAAGAUCAUCCGGCGGGGCAGUAAAGUACAGACGAGGGUGGGCCUCCUCAUGCUGCUGUGCACGUGGAUCAGCAACUGUCCGAUUGCUGUCACACACUUUCUACACAAUCAGGAAAAUGUUCCCUUUCUGACGGCUCAGAUCUCAGAGAACCUGGGAGAGGAUGAAAGGCUGGUUCAGGGCCUGUGUGCGCUGCUUCUCGGCAUCUGCAUCUAUUACAACGACAACUCACUGGAGAACUACACCAAAGAGAAACUAAAGCAGCUGAUCGAGAAGCGCAUCGGAAAGGAAAACUUUGUAGAGAAACUCGGCUUCAUCACCAAGCAUGAGCUGUACUCGCGGGCGGCCCAGAAGCCGCAGCCUGUCUUCCCGUCUCCAGAGCAAAUGCUGUUCGACCAUGAGUUCACCAAGCUGGUCAAAGAACUAGAGGGUGUCAUCACGAAAGCAGUUCACAAAUCCAGCGAGGAGGAGAAGAAGGAAGAGGAGGUGAAGAAGACAUUAGAGCAACAUGACAACAUUGUAACUCAGUACAAAGAGCUGAUCAGAGAACAGGAUUCUCAGAUCCAGGAACUCAAAGAGCAGGUAGCAUCCAUGACUUCUCAGAACGAACAGAAGCAAGCUACGAUCACUCAGCAGCUGUCCCAGAUCCAGCAGCACAAAGACCAGUACAACAUCCUGAAGCUAAAAUUAGGUAAGGAGAACCAGAGUCAGUCUAACAGCCAGGGAGACGUCUCUCAGGUGAACGGGCUGCAGACAGAAGAGCUGAUUCAGCUCAAAGAGGAGGUGGAGGAGCUGCGCAAGCAACACACACUCCUGCAAACACAACUCGAUGACAAAGACGCACUCAUCAACACCCUGAGGUCAGAGGCGGCGCAGACAGCAGAGGGUUCAGCAGGAGGAUCAGAAAACACAGAACUACUCAAGGAGCUGGAGGCUUUGAGGAGUCAGGUUCAGUCCCAGUCAACAGAAAUCAACCAGCUUCAGACAGAGAGGGAAGAACUGCUCAGAAGAGCUGAGGCCGGGUCCUCAGACGUAGUCCACAGCAGUGACGGCUCAUUAGACACAGCCAAGAUGGCAGAACUUGAGAGCAGACUUGCAGCACAGAUGACCGAAACAGAGAGACUCAAGGAGGAGACAAAGAGCUUGUCGGGGAGCCGGGCUGACCUGGAGCAGCAGCUGGCUUCAGCCACCAGCACGGUGGCCAUCCUGCAGACGGAGAAAGCAAAGCUGCAGACGGAGGUUCAAGAGUCCAAGAAGGAGCAGGACGACCUGCUGAUGCUGCUGGCAGACCAGGAUCAGAAAAUCCAUAGCCUCAAACAGAAACUCAAAGACCUGGGAGAGACGGUGGAAGAUGAAGACGACCUCGACGCCAGGGAACAAACGGAUGAUGAUGAAGAGGAGGAGGAGGAGGAGGAAGAUGAGGACUAAAGAAAAACACUGACAGAAAAAAAGGGAGAGAUGGGAAUUUGUCUGCCAGCAGGCAAGAAAAGACUUUACAGAAACACACGAGAGAAACUCAAGAGUAGGACUAAUAUACUGAAGGAGUUUCUUUAUCCAGCUGCCAUGCUAUCUUCUAUUUUCUUUACCCCUGGUCAUCACAUGCAUUUGUUGAGGAUAAAGUGCUUCUGUCCAAGAUUCCAGCUUUCAGUGACGGCUAAAACCUUUGAACAUGUCAGUGCAUUCAUCUCUGCUACUUUUCCCAUCAGUUUGUGAUGGAUUUUACCAGUCUUGUGGUUAUUGUAACGUAUUGUCAUAUAGUUUCUAAUCACGCUAGGUUAAUUUUAACGCACAAGAGUUACCCGGAACAUUUACGGAGGAGGAUUUCAAAUGUAGCAAAAAAUGCAACUAUGGACAGAUUUAAUGUAAUUCUCAUUUUCUCAUAAACGUGCGGGUGAGCUCUAUCGGGCGGCUUUUUUCCCAUCCUGCACUCCUGCUCUCACCAGACGUACAAUGCAUUAGGAUCACCCGCAACAUGUCACUGUGCUGCACCCUGAAAUUUCACACCCCAAUCAGUUCGAGUUCAGUGUUACAGUAUUCGUUCUGUUUUGACGACACAACCUAACUGCUCUACAAUAUGCUGCAAAACACUGAGAGAAAAGAUGUAAAGACAAAAAAGGUAUUUUUGCAACUUUUUGUCCAGUACUGGCAUCCAGCUUCUGUAUGAUAUUGUGUAACUUAUCAAUUUAUGAGCCACAUUGAAAUGAAUAAAGAAUCUAUCGGUCUGUAUGCCUGUAUGGAGACAUAAUUGUAGAUAAAUUAAAUUUUACUAAAUCCACAA